GUAAAAUUACGCUUACUUGCUUGUUUUUUACGUAAUCCUGCGGAAUCGUGAGCCUUCGUACUACCACGUUGUGGUGGAGUGCCAUUAGGGUCCUUACGUCAGAGCUCGACGCGACGGGAGACGAGUGGACGCGAAUGAUGCGAUGACCAAUGGCCAUCCUCGGAGUCUACGGGACGCCAGCAGGCGGCGGCGGCGGCGGCGCGGGCUCGCCAGUCCGCCGCGCGCGCCCGCCCCGACCGCGCGCCCCGGCCACCAUGCCGCGCCUGCUGCCCGCGCUGUGUCUGCUGCACGCACUCGCCCACUCCGCAGCACUGUACCAAGAUGGGUCUGCGCAGGAGUUUCUGCACAGCGAUCGAGACUACAGAGCAAUAGCGUCAUCAGCGGCGUCGCCCCGCGGCUGCCUGUACGCGGGGCGCUGGUACGCGCCGGGCGCGGCGGUGCCGGCGGCGGCGGCGUGCCUGCGCUGCCGCUGCGCCGGCGCCGCGCUGGCGUGCGCCCGCCGCGCCUGCGCCGCGCUGCCCGACCCGCCGCCGCCGCGCUGCCACGUGCUGCACCGCCGCGGCGCCUGCUGCCCCGAGCUGCAUUGUCCUAACGGCGUGGUGAUGAUGGAGCAGGGCGCCUCCGCGCGGCUGGACGACGAGGCGGAGGAGCACGCCGUGUCGCACACCUCCCUUAACCACGUGGUUCCAGCGUGCGUGUCGGGCGGCGCGGUGUUCGCGGCGGGGUCGGCCAUGGAGUCCGCGGUGGCGUGCGAGCAGUGCUUCUGCCUCGGCGGCGCCCGUCGCUGCGUGCGGCCGCGCUGCCUGCCGCCGCCGCCCGGCUGCACGCCGCGCCCCGCGCCCCCCGCCUGCUGCCCGCAACGGUACUACUGCGACAAAGAACAGCAGCCCAAGGAGACUCCUAAUGACUGCCGCAUCAACGGGCGGCUGAUCCCGGAGGGCGAGCGCGUGGUGGAGUCGGAGCGCAACUGCUCCCGCUGCUUCUGCCUGCGCGGGGCAGCGCGCUGCCAGCCGCUGGCCUGCGCGCCGCCGCUGCUGGGCUGCCGCCCGCUGCUGCGCGCCGGCCAGUGCUGCGCGCACCAGUACCAGUGCGACCACGGGCAUAAACCAGAAAUAACCGAUUUCGGAACCAAUGUACUGAGAACAAAUCUUCUGGCCUACAAUGCACUGUCGACGGUAAAUAUAGAAGACCGUUCUUUCCAUGCUGCAGAAACAACUAACUUCGACGAAGCUUCAACAUUAUCGCUAAAGACAGUUACAGAAAAAUCAAGUCCCGUAUUUCCUACAAGAAAUGAUGACAUCAGCACAAACAAAGUGAAAAGAAAAACAAACGAGCCGGCUCCUGUUACCACAUCAAGCCAAAAAAAUCAACAAAAUAUUAGCUCCACAACUAGCUCCAGCCCAAAAGUAAAGGCGACGACAACAACCACUAAAGUGAUGACAACUAAGGUCCCAACCACUAAAGUACUGACCACAAAAGUAGCGACUACUAAAGUACCAACCACAAAAGAACUGCUCACUACAGAAAAAACCACCACUACAACUGAAGAAGCCAUCUCAUCUACUGAGACAGUUACAGAAACCGAAAGAACAUCAACGGAUCUGCCGGAAGGAUCUAUCAAAAUAGUAAUUAACGGUACUAUCAAUUGCACAACGGAAUUCUCUUCAGUAAAUACCACAGUAACAAGAGAGGAAGCAGAACAAAUACUUAAAGAAAGUAUUCCAAGAACCCCACUUAUUGAUAGGAUGGAUGUUGAAGAGCAAACAUUCAAUCCCAACGAUAUUAUUACAGACAGAACUGUUAAUGGUUUUGAUGAAAACGAAUCAUUUACAAUAAAUGUUACAAGCUCGCUUAUUACAAAUACCUCUCAUUCAGGAUCUGCAUCAGCAGUAAUGUCCAAGCCAGGAGUAGUUACUGAUGUUAAAGUAGCUAUAAAUGCAACAAAGAAAACAAAAGAAGAUGAUGAUUAUGAUUAUGCCGAACCAACGUUACCACCAUCGUUACCCAAUUUAAAGAUUAUACCGUUUGUAGCAGCAGAUGCAGUGCUUGAUGAAGAAGAGGCCGAUACUCACAAAGAUACGCUCACAUAUCCGAUGUUGGAGAGAGAAGACAAGUUUCCAGUGUACUACCCCAAACCAAGCAAAGAUACUCAUUUCGCAACUAGACGUGAAGACGUGUACCAUCCUACCAACUAUCCCAUGUAUACGCCAGAAAAAGAAGAUACUGAAUAUGAAGCACCACUUACUCACGAAGAAGAUGUAUCAAACUCUGCUUACCCCAAUAUGAGCAAUGAUUUGGCGUCUUCCGUACAAGAGUAUACAGUAUCGGCUUCUGUGGGUAGUCCACUAUCAGGAUCGUCCAAGGCUGUCACAAAAAUGCCUUCAAGUACCACUUAUGAAGUGGAAAAACCAUCAGUGAAUUUAUUCUCACCACCUGUAGAAACUGAAGGAGGGUUUGUACCCAAGGGACCUGGCAUAAUAGGCGAAUACUUUGGCGUUUACCCCAGCACCCCGGCAGGUCCCCACAUCCCGCACCUGACGACCUCCAUGCAGCUGGACCCGGCGGAUGGCGAGUGCUCGACCAGCGACGGGCGCCGCGUGGCUGAAGGAGACUCCGUGUCGCUGGCCUGCUCCGUGUGCACCUGCGCGUGGGGCGAGCUGCACUGCUCCCCGCGCCCCUGCCCCGCCCCGCCCGGCUGCCGCCGCCGCCCCGCCGGCACCAGCACCGCUGACCUCUGCUGUGGAGAACUUGUCUGCGAUCAAGACAAUUACACCGAGCCCGCCGUAUCGUUGACGACUGAAUCUGAAAUGAGUACCACCACGGACGAAACCAAAUCUAGUUCCUCAGAAAGUUCUGUGACUGAACGGGUAAAGCCAGACGCUAUUCGGACAGAAAAACCUCCUGAUAUGAAGGAACUAAUUGCUAAUAACACUCCAACCAUUAAUACUGCUAAAGAUAAACCACUGAAAAAAGCUGAAGCAGGCAAUAAUGCCGAUGUUAAAAGUAAUACAACAACCACCCCGAAACUUUCGCCAUCUACUACUGAGCCAACACUAGCGGUAUCUUCAACGACUGUUCCGCCAGUCAUCACUGAGAAAGCGACUACUACUGCUGAUCCGCCUGAAUCUGUUGACCAGAGCAACGAAUCCCCAGAAUACGAUGAAGACGAGGAAGAUAACGGAGGAUUCUCUUUUGGGAAUGUACUGAAGUUGUUGUUGAGUGAAACUUACGAUGCAACGACGGCACCACCAGCCAAGAAGAAGCCGCAACCCACCACGCCGCCACGACCCGAGGCGCCGAGACCCACUCCACCCAACAGAAGCCAGUAUCCACUGAGUGCCCCGUCCCCUACUCCCCAACAUGCACACAAUACAUCAUCACCGCUGCCUGCAGCACCGGCGAGCAAACCUCCAGCGCCUCCCCCCGCUGUAGCUCCGUUCGUGCCCCUCCCCCCGCACCGGCCCCCCUACACCCCGCAGAAGCACCUGUACCCGUCGUCCUUCGCGCCCACCAGCGUCAACCGCAUCGACCACCUGGUGCUGGGCGAGGCCACGGCCAUCCGCCGACCCAGCACGCGGCCCGCCGGCCCCGCGCGGCCCAGCACGCGGCCCGCCGACACCGCGCGCCCCUUCACCAGCGCCUACAAGCCCACGUCCUCGCCGCGGCCGCCCGCCACGAGGAAGACCACCACCAGUCCUCCUGAAGUGACGACGAGAGAAGAAGUGACGGUCGCGGAGGUGCAGAACUCGCUGUCCCCGGACGUUGGGCGGCCGCCGCCGUGGGCGGGCGGGCUGGGCGGCGGCGCGGGGCUGCUGAAGCUGGCGGGCUGCAACAUCUACGGGCGCAUGUACCGCGUGGGCCGCAUCAUCGCCGAGCUGUCCAGCGCGUGCCAGGAGUGUCGCUGCACGGAGCAGGGCGUGCAGUGCCGCGCGCUCGCCUGCUGAUGCCUGCGCCAGGCUCCCGGCACUCCGCAUGGACGGACAGUGAGUGAGUGUGAGUGACUGUACUAUAGUGUAAGGGUAUUUAUGAAGCAAGACUACUGAAGCAUUUAUUAAAGUAACGGCCGCCGGCGCAUGAUCUCAUAUUACAUAAAUAGUAAAUACCAUAGAAACGUACCUACCAUAGACUUAACUUUAAACCCGCAAAGUGUCAAAAGAGAUUCUUCAAGUGUUAUCUACAAUUUUCUACCGUUUCACUGACUUGCCCGAUAAUUUUAAUGAAAUUAUUCUUAUAUCGUGUGUAAGUAUGUAGGUUUUAAGUAAUUGUAAGUUGUAAUUAAAUACUUGUAAGAUUUUUAUGGCAACAAAUAUGUCUUAAGUAGUAAUAAAACGAUUUAAAUAGA